UCAAGCUGUGUGCGAGCCGCUGUUCAACCCUGGGGAAGAACAUGAAGAAGAACUUGCUACUCGCGACUCCCAUUUGUCCGAUCGCAAGUGAAGGCAGCACGGGUCACGCGUUGUUUGUGUCGGGGUUGGAGACAUGGCGGACGAUGGAGAAUCUCUGGAGUCCUGGCUUAACAAAGCCACCAACCCCUCUAACAGACAGGAAGACUGGGAGUACAUAAUGGGAUUCUGUGACCAAGUUAACAAGGAACUGGAAGGCCCGCAAAUAUCUGUCAGGCUGCUGGCUCACAAGAUCCAGUCCCCUCAGGAGUGGGAGGCGAUACAGGCAUUAACGGUUCUCGAGGCCUGCAUGAAGAACUGUGGGCGACGGUUUCACAAUGAAGUUGGGAAAUUUCGUUUUUUAAAUGAAUUGAUCAAGGUGGUGUCGCCCAAAUAUCUAGGGGACAAAGUAUCCGAGGGAGUGAAGACCAAAGUGAUCGAGAUGCUGUACAGCUGGACUGUGUCUCUACCAGACGAAGCAAAGAUCUUUGAAGCGUAUGAGAUGCUGAAGUCACAGGGUAUUGUUUUAGCUGACCCAGAAGUCCCUCUUGAUGCUACUUUAAUACCGUCGCCUUCUCCGCGACCCAAGAAUCCCGUGUUUGAUGACGAGACGAAGAGCAAGAGAUUAGCUGAGCUGCUGAAGAGCAAAAAGCCUGAAGAUCUGCAAGAGGCAAAUCGGCUCAUAAAGAACAUGGUCAAGGAGGAUGAGGUGAGAACACAUAAAGCAAAAAAGCAACAAAGCACACUGGAGGCAGUCAACAGCAGCGUCAAGCUCCUUAACGAGAUGCUGGCUCACUUCAGCCGCGAAGACUCCACGGACGGAGACAAGGAGCUCAUUAGGGAGCUGUAUGGGGAUUGCGACAAGCUGAGGCAAACUGUGUUUCAGCUGGCCACUGAGACGGAGGACAACGACAGCAACUUGGGAGACAUCCUGCAGGCCAGUGAUGACCUCUCCCAUGUCAUCAAUUCCUAUAAGAAGAUUGUGGAAGGACAGAUCAUCAAUGGAGAGACUGAGCAAACACAAUUAUCAGUCAGACAAGGUCGCACAAACCAGUCCGAGAUUCUGAUUGACCUGGUGGGUCUGGACAUCCAGGGCGUCUCUCAACCCCUGACGUCUCUGUCUCUUCCUGCUGACCUUCUGUGUGGGUCCGCUGCCAAGGACCCUCAGUCCCCCAGCCCCAGUGGUCCCUCUGCAGCACUGGCUCUGCUGGAUGAAGAGCUACUAUCUUUAGGCCUCAACGAACCUGCUCCCGCUCCAAGUAAAUCCGCACAUGUAAACCUUAACAAUGGUUUGCCUUCUCUACAGGAUUCCAGUCAUGAUUUUGAUUUUUUUGACAUCACUUCGCCUUCGGCUCCCUCGUUCUCGACAUCAUCACUCUUUCCAGACGCCCUUUCUGUGACAGCUGACCCAGUCAAGUCUUCCUCAACUGCCUCUGCCUUAAGCCUCCCUGGUUCCGUUUUCUCCGAGCCUCCAGUUUCUACAGUAUCCGUCUCAACCGCAUCAGUCAUGUUGCCCCACCCCUUCAGCUCAGUAUUGACCGCCAGGGCCCCCGCUGCUCCUCCUCAGUCAUUCAGCGUGGCCUCCCCUGCUCCCUCGGCCGUCCCUGUCACUUCACAACAGGUCUCCACUUCACCUGGAGCGGCACACACGACUUCUCUCAGUCACAAUCUGCAAGACCUCGCUCUGCUGGAUCUGGGCAGUCCUAAAAUCACACCUGCUGUGAUGGACUUUGGCAGCUCGCUGGUCCAGAGUGAGGACCUGCUCGCUCCCGCUGCCCCGUUCUCCAGCUUUGGUGUCACCUCCACCGCCGCAUCCAACUCACUGCUCCUAGGAGAGAUGCGGGCUGGGUCCACUCCCCCUUCUGCCAAGAGCCAGGCAGAUGACAGCCCUCUGUUACGCUCUCUGUCCCCCAUCAUGCCUCUGAGCCAGGCCAGCCCAGGCAAAGGACAAGAGGUGUCCCUGACCAAUGUCUUUGUCCCUUUGGAUGCCAUCAAGCCAAGUAAAGUGUGUCCUGUGACGGCUUAUGACAAAAACGGAGUUCGUAUUCUGCUGCAUUUCGCCACCGACUGUCCAGCAGGCCGACCCGAUGUACUGGUGAUGGUGGCGUCCAUGCUCAACACAGCCCCGCAGCCUGUCAGGAACAUUGCUCUACAGGCUGCUGUGCCCAAGACGAUGAAAGUGAGACUGCAGGCGCCCUCAGGGACGGAGCUGGCUCCUUUUAACCCGAUCCUUCCCCCUGCUGCCAUCACUCAGGUCAUGCUGCUUGCAAAUCCUCUCAAGGAAAAGGUGCGGAUGAGAUACAAACUGACAUUCACGCUGGGAGAGCAGCCACACUCGGAAGUUGGGGAAGUGAAUGAGUUUCCGCCUGCUGACAGAUGGGGGGCUCUAUAGCCCAGCAUUUCCACACAACUAGACAAUUUAAUUUGUCAGUGCAGCUCCGAGCUCAAGAGAAAGGGCAGUAUUGGAAGACUUGAAGGGAAAAAUUUGAGGUUUUUCUGCUUGAGAUGGCCCACUGAAGUAGCCAAAGUCCUGUAGCGUACAUCCAACUUAAACUUUACUACAGUACUAGAGGUGGUCAGUGUGGUGCAGUAACAAAUGGAGUUGAGUUUUUAAUAAUGUUAAAUAUUGCUAAGUUAUUAUCAGUUAUUAUUAUUAUUAUAAUCUUUUGUUCUUAUUGUAAUGUUCAUAUUUACUGUGUCUCAAUGCCAGACAGUGAGCAAAAACAUUGAAAGAGAUUGUGAAGCCAGGUUCGUAUAACCAUGUGAACAUGACCUUCAUCUUCACAUGAACUACUGCUUCAUCUCACAUGAACUACUGUGUAUGCCAACCACAUUUUACGCUUAAGACAUCGGACUGGAGCAGACAACAGCCCCUCUGUUGCUCCAUAAAAGGCACCCAGAGACUGGCCCAUUAAGAAUGAACUUCUUUCAAUACGCUUCACAGUCACUACUGAAUACUCAAACUUGUCUUGUGAGUUCUAUACUAACUCAUAGCUCAGACCCUUGUUACGCUUCUUAGUCUUUCAGUAUUUAUUGACCUGAAUGUGUUAUUUAUUUGGUGCUUCGGGGAGAAGGUGUCAGAUCUGUCAAUUUCCUGUAUGGUAUAGAAAUCGGCGGCUGCGUUCCUUUUGCAAACUGUUCUUAUGUUGGACACUUCCAGUAUUGCAGUAUGGUCAGAACAAAUCUGUAGCCGGCUGUCAAUCAGGCUUUUUGUUACCAAAUAUAUAUAGACCGCUUAUAAUAUGUUACAUUAUGUAGCAACAGGGUGGAUGCUACAUGUCCAGGCUGUGCACUUUGGAUAUCAAUUUAAUAUAAAAUAUGAAAUUCCUGCAAGAUAAAACAGCAGCCUUGUGCCAGAGACAGGAGCCCCUUUUGCUUGGUAGGUGCAACAUGAGCUAUUGAGGCGACGGAUCAAUUGUAUGCAUAAAGUGGAUGUGCUUUAGGAAGCGCUGACCUGCAGCCAGUGAAUCCCUGGGUAUUGUUUGACGUUAAUUAAAUGCAGUGCAUAGCUUUGCCCGUGUUACCGCUGUUCGACAAUGUUGUGGAAUCCAGGCUAAAAGGGUAGGUUAUUUCGUCGCCCUGAGUCAACUGUAAAUGUUUAGCUUGUGCGUGACUCUCCUCUAUCAGUUAAGGACGAUAUUUCUUUAAGGCUUGAGAAAAUACUGUAGAUCAAUUGUAAAACCUUGAUGGUUAAGUCAAAGUUUCAAGCUUACUGUGUGUUCAUCAAAAACUGUGACUUCUUUAUUUUUGUCUUUCUUAGAGCUAGAAAGGAGAUUCUCUACAUAUUUCUUAUAGACCUGUUUGUCUUAGGUUGUUAAAUGAAGGUGUCAUUGCAUAUUUUGAAAAGCUAUUCCUGUGCAUGGAAGAAUAAAGAAUGAGAUGGAUAUAUUUGUA